AUGAAAAUUCAGCUCGGAAGUGUUGACCGUCUCCUUACAAGUAAACCGGUUUCUCUUGCUGCAGUGCAACGGCCUCUUCUGCCACAAAGUGAUCCUAAAGCUCUGUUUUGCAAUUCCGCUUCUUCUUCCACCAACUCAGUCAUUGCUACCUGUGUCCAUCAGCCUGAAACAGUACCGCAAACUCCAUUCAGCCAGUGUUAUGAGGUCCAAUCGUUUCCGGCCCGAUCUGGUCCACAGGGUUCACAAACACAUGUCAAUCAUUCUCACUAUCAGGCCUAUGGGACACUCUUACACAUCCAGAACCAAGGAAAUUAUCUUGAUCAUCCCUGCCAAUCAUCACUGAUUCAGUUGAAAUACCCACUUACUUCUCGUCACCAAGCAAAACAACUAUAUUACAAUCAAUAUCACCAGAAGCUAAAUGCCAAUCAAUGUCAGACCCCUCAACAACAACAGCAAUAUCAGAUUCAUCCUGCUUUGCAACGGCUUCCGCAAAUCGAAAGAUCAUAUUUUGAUCAAGACUUUGCGCACCAGCAACAUUUGCUGUUACAGAACCUAGUCUUCCAUUCGGCAAACAUUCCUUCAAGUUUUGAUUUAUCCUCACUCGGACCCGGGGUGGAUGGAAAACCUGGACAAACUAAGGACCUGUGGUACCUUAUAGCUGGAUCCCUAGCGACUAGCUCCCCUCAUCGCCGUUUCUGCCCCACAAGUCCAUUGACAGCGUGUUAUAAGCGAUGGUGGUCUGCAUUCUUGCGCCCCCAGCGAAGAGGCCCAGGAAGCCCUUUAAAGCAGCCCACUAGUCAGUCGUCACAGAUGUGUUUUGAAGGUUCUGGAAUCUGGCAGACCCCGGGGCACGAACUCAGAUCAUUCAGCGCUUGCAGCAGCAUGACCAAUAGCACCUGGCAUCUUAUGGGGCCCAGCUUCGGCUGGCCCGUAGCAACCGAGAAAUCAUUAAAUCCUGCUGGGGAACCAGCUUUAGACUCUCUUCAGGUCUCCGCUGAUGGACGAGGCAGCACCCAAGAAACAGGAUUAAAUAUGGAUGGCUUUAUUCUGCAAUACAAAUUUUACACUAUAGAUAUAUGUCUUUUGAAAGCAGAUCUGUAA